UUUUAACUUGAUAUGUGAGGAACACAUCCGCGACUUCCGGUCAAAUAAACGUCACCAUCAUGGCAGCGGAGAGCGAUGUUCUGAGUGAAAUCGAGGUGCUCCAGUCGAUUUACCUGGAUGAACUUCAGGUGAAGGAGACUGAGAACAGAGGAUGGGAGGUGAGCCUUGUCCUGUACCCGUCCACUGCAGAGGACUCCAUGUCCCAGUUUGUCCGACUAACCUUGAUGCUGACGCUGGAUCAGCAGUAUCCUGGGUCUUCUCCCAUCAUCUCCAUCCAUAACCCCAGAGGUCUGUCUGAUGAUAAGCUCAGCAGUGUCCAGAAGUGUCUCCAGUUAGAAGCUCAGUCCAGUCUCGGCUCACCAGUGUUGUAUCAGCUCAUUGAGAAAGCAAAAGAAAUCCUGACAGAAAGUAAUAUUCCUCAUGGCAACUGUGUCAUCUGCCUCUAUGGCUUUAAGGAAGAAGAGGCGUUCACCAAGACCAGCUGCUACCACUAUUUCCACUCCCACUGCCUGGGCCGCUACGCCUGCCAUUCAGAGCAGGAGCUGCAUCAGAGGGAGAAGGAGUUAGAGGAGGACAAGACUCGAGAGAAGCUGCAGCCUCAGGAGCUGUCAGUGGUCUGUCCUGUGUGUCGAGAGCCUCUGGACUAUGACCUUGAUCAGCUGCUGGCGUCUCCUGCUCCACAGCUGCCUGAGCUGGACCAGGCUGUAAUUGGUGCAGACUUCCAGCAGAAGUGGAUGGAACUCCAGAGGCUGAGGGAGAGGCAGCGGUCUAGAGGUGGGAUCAUCGACCUGGAGGUGGAGUCCAAUCGUUUUCUGAUCCAUAUCAAUGAGGUACCACCUGUGGAUACACUGAAUGGACCUCCAGAGCCUACAGCAUCUAACGCUCCGCCUGAUGAAGAAGGUGGUAUGAAGGCGGAACACUCUGUUUUUGGACCCACCCAGCGCAGAGGCGGGCCGGGCCACAGGCGUCACAAUAGGGGAAUUGGGCCAAGGAGAGGAGGUGGUUCCAGACAUCAACCGGGUCAAGCAGCUGCUGUCACAGAGCGACUGGACAAACUGGGUCUGUCCACAGCCCACACCCAUGGAACGGUGACAGAGCAAGAAUUGGCUGAUCUUCAUCAUCCAGCACAAGAACACACAGAACCGAGAGAUCCAGUAACAGUCAGGGGAUUCCAUCCUGAUGGCCGGAUGGACACUAAACACACCGCAGACUCAGUGGGCAGCCAUGCACCUCCAGGAAGGAGGCGGGGUCCACACCGCUUAUUUAGGCAACCUUCUAGAAACAGAGGGGGGCCUGGGAACCAUCACUACAGAGGAGCCAGGUUCCACAGUGGUCACAGCAGGGGUUUCCAGCAGCCGUUUGAGGAGAUGGCGAGAGGAAGAGAGGGGGCGCUAUGACAAAGGGCAGCGGGAGGACCAGUGAACCAGCUUACACACAGAAAUGAUGUUCACUGUAGUGUCUUGGUCUGCAGCUUCUCCCUUCAGCAACACGCACCUCAGAAGUCAACACUUAAUGGUUUGGAUGGAAUCCAAUAUGUGACCAUAACAAAGCAGAAAUUAAAAAUUCUCUGGAUUA